GUUAUGGGUGAUAAACCUAGGAGAGUGAGAGCCCCACCACGACGUUUAAAGGUAACCGGUCCGGUGUUAGAUAUCUGGGAGAAGAUGGGUGCAAGUCAAGCCUCAUUAUCUCUAAAGGAUUGGAUUAUACUGGAUAAGAAGGUACAAAAGGAUAUAAAAGAUGGUUUAAGGUUCUUGCGUGGUCGUAAACCUCGGAAGGGUAGAGGUCCUGCGAACGGUGUGCCUCAAGGUAAUCUACCUAAUCCUACUCCAGCUGUGGUUAAUCUGGUGCAAGACGCUACAAGUGAAUUAGAUAGCGAAACGGAUACCGAUACGGAAAGUAGUACUACUACCUCUGGUUAUGAAUCUUAUUCUGAAUCCUCGUUGGAUGAAGAGAGUGACAACGAUUCGGUGUAUGACUAUCCAUACGAGAGGGUGUUGAUGGUAAGUUCAUCUCCGUUGGCUAUCUUAGGUAUGGUGAAAGAUUAUCCCGUGAAGCUCGUAUUGGAUUCUGGUUCGGCUAUUUCGGUGAUCAACAGGUCUUUUGCUGAAAGAUUAGGACUAGUAGGUUCGGGCAAGGUGUUGAAUAUCAAGACCAUUGAGACUACUAAGAUGAAUUGUAAGAGAAACCAGUGUGAGAUUACUGUUUCAGUACCGGUGAGAAUC